CGUCUCCAGUCUCCAGUGCAGACUCACUCCAAUCACCACCUCCAAGAGAGUUCUUUCACCAAUUUCACUUCCCGCCUGGCCUCUGCUCUCUCCCAGUCCACUACGAAGCGCAACAGUUCAGGCAUGAGCAGGCAAGGGUUGGCGACGACGCUAUAAUCUCCAUCAGAUUGACCCGAGGGUGGUCUCCUUGCUUGUCCAUCAGGUUGUUUUCCACCUUCGUCAGCACCGACGCCCUGCAGCUUUUUCCAAAUUUUUCUUUCUGCUCGCUCCCAGCUCCAUCCCACAGAGUUGAGGCAUCAUCUUAGGUUUCUGAUUCCCCUCCCUCUGCUACUAUCUCGCAUCACAUCACAUCCCAUCUUUGCAGCUGUUUCUGCAGCAAAUUUUCUCAGCUAUCCUCACGAUACCUGGAUCAAUUACACUAGAAACCUCCACUUGGCCAAGCCAAUCGCCAAUCUUCGGUCCCGGCCGUCCUUCAGGUCCACGCGCGCUCGUUCCGACCGCCCAGGCGCUCAUUGCCCAGGGUGCACUGCAACCAAAAGGGAACCAGGGCAGGAAAAGGGCAUUGCUUGUUUGGCCGUUGCUUGGGCUCAAACCCCGACGCACCGCACCGCACCGCACCGCACCGCACCGGCCGGAUACUUACCUACUCCUGUACUCCUCACACACUUAGUUGUCUUCUCCGUUUCCUCAGCUCCUUUCCCCCCGAUCCGAAUCCUCGUCCGCGGCUUGAGGCAUUUGACCAUCACCCUCGUCCAUCCUCAAUCAUCGAUCGACCUCAGACGGGGUCCCAACCCUUGCAGCGCAACUCUCGGUCGAUACAGGCGCCGAAUUGAAAUCUUGGUUUCGCCCCCCAGCAACCCACUCCAUCCAGAAUCCGCUCGCAAUCAUUUCCCAUCUCGCCAAUAUCACGCUCGCGCUCUCACCACGACCAGCCAUCCAUCGUCCUCAAACCAUCAACUAUACAUCCAAAGUGCUUCAAUUCUUUACUCGACAAUACUGUGCGCGCGCUAUCUCGAUCGACCUCGAUUCCCAUCGCAUACAUACCCUUCAACGCUUGACCACGGACCAUCAGCCUCCGCGUGUCACGGUGCGACCACCUGCAGUCUCGGACGUCCGACCGACCGUCUUCCGCAGCAAUCGUAGUCCUUCUUCCUCUCCCCGUCUGGUGCCUACCUCGUUACUCGUGGUAGCAAGCCAAGAUGAGGGAAGUCAACUUCAGCAUACCCAACGUCAACAAGGCGUCCGUUGGCAUCACCACGGCUUUGUAUGACCGACGAGCGCUUGAUUGCACCUCGACCCUCCCGUUGAUCAACUCCCUAAAUCAUCUCGCCUAUUUGACCACGUCAUCGGCACGUAUCCGAGACAUUCUCACCGUCGAUGGCGGUAUUGAAAGACUAGUCUGCAUCCUGAAGGAGGGUCGCAGCAAGGAUAUGAUGGACAUGUGGAAGUGGAAUUUGGCCUUCCAGUGCGUGGUCAACAUUGGUGUACGAGGCACGGAGAAUGUCCGAACCCGCGUUGUCGAGGCCGACAUGGUCCCCGUCAUCGCUACCAUUCUCGACAAUUACAUCAAAGUCAUCGAAAGGGUCCGCGAAAAGGCAGAAGAAGCAAAGCACAAGUCGGAUCCCCAUCACCGGCACAGGAUUAGUGGCAGCAACCGGGUGCACAAAUCCGCAAGCUUCUCCUCCAGGCCCACCAAUAUAGACGUUGACCAACGCGCUUUCCGUCGUCAGGCUGCGCCUCAGCCUAUUGAUGUUUCAAUCACCUUGGCUGGUCCUUCGACGGAAGCCGCUGCACCGGAUACUGAGACGACCCCGACCGCUUCCCGCUUCUCCGGUCAAAUCCUUGGUGAAAGGACUCCUUUUUCUGCACACCGCUCACAUCACCAUCACCAUGGUGUUAGAACACAGGACUCACAAUCGGCUGUACCUUCGCCUACUCGUCAUGAAAGUCAGCCGCCUGCACCGGCCGGGCCAUCGUCCGUCGAGAACGUUGAUAGCUUUGCCAGAGCCGUGCGAGAAACCGAUCGCCUACGAAACAUGGGGCCAUUUGCUCACACAAACCUUACAUCUCAGCCUGCCUCGCCAACAACACCUCUGCCAACCAGCGUCCGACCCCCUUCGAUCCUGGCCCCCAAUGGCCGCUCUCGCCGUCGACCUUCAAUUCGCCAUCAACAUUCCACCGCUGGCGAGACAGACGAUAUGAACACCGACAGCGUAGCAUCCGAUGAAAACCAGGAUGCUGAGAUGUCAGGAACGGCAGACGUACAAAACGAGGUUGGAAUCCAGCAGGUUUCGGUCGAAGAUGGUGAUGGUAUAAUGACUGGUGCAGCUCUUGACCUGGUCACCCCAACGGCUUCGGAGGCUCAGGAAGCUGGAACCUUCAACAUCACCCACCAAGGUGCUGUGGACACCAGCAUGGAAAACAACGCAACCCCAACUCAAGUCACCAACCUCGGUCUGUCUCCAAACAGGCCAACCAUUGCGAACACCGCACAGCCGUCCAUGCCCAAUUCACGUGUCCCGCAUUACCUGCUCGAUCGUCACGUAACUCCCAACCCGCAGAUGCUCGCUGCCAUGCCCAGGGAGGAGGAUGUGUUGAUGUCGUUGCAGCUGCUGGCAUACGUAUCAAAGUAUUGCAAUCUUCGCAAGUACUUCCAAAAAUGCCACCUUGUCCCCAAACUCAAGAUUGGCAAGGAGAUCAAGCUCCUCGACGGCACUGAUCCCACCGAGUUGGAGGCCGAAUUGGAGGCAGAAGAAGAAGAGUGCGAAGAGGAAUACCUCCUCCCCAACGACCAAAACAUAUUCCCCCUCGUGGAGAAGUUCACAGUCCGGUACCACAGCACAGACAUGCAAUACUGGGCCGGUGUGGUUAUGAGAAACCUGUGCCGAAAGGACGACACCCGGGGAGGCAUCCGCCAGUGUGCCUACUACCAGUGCGGCAAAUGGGAAGAGUACACAAGGCAAUUUGCGAAGUGCCGCCGUUGCCGGCGUACCAAAUACUGCAGUAAGGAAUGCCAGAAAAGCGCAUGGGCUUUCCACCGCCAUUGGUGCAUUGCCGCCACUCCAUGAUUCGGACGUUUACGGAACGAUAUCCGUUAUUGAUACCCCCCGGUACACACCUCCCGGGAUACUUGCUGCUUGCAUGGCGUUUUGCGUCUAAUGUCUACUGGGAAGAGGAGUUGGGAAACUUUGAUGUGGUUGAAGCGGCAUUACGAAGGCAAAGCAUGUUCUCCUGUUGCAUGGCAUUGCGCGAUACACAUAUUCAAGGCGGUUCAACGAACAUGCAUCAUACAACUCAUGCAUUGAAUUUUUUUUCUUUUUUUUUUUACAACAUCAGACACAGUCCAUACGAUUCCCCUUUGGUUUCAAUCCCCUUUGUCUUUGCUUUAUACAAAGAUGCUCUUACCCGGCUGGGCGCAGUGUCUUUGAAGUCUGAACAUUACGACUACCCGUCUUUGCUAGAUCAAGUUCCAGCUGGCUUUCUCGAUCAAAUGGAAUUUCGCAUUAUAUCAACACUAGCAAACACCUGCUUCCUGUAUUGAAAUCCGACACCACGUUGACAUGAAGCCGAUUAGCGUCCAAUGAUACGAGCGAAAACAAAAAAAGACGCGUGACGUGAAGGAGAACUCGCAUCGUACCUCUAUCUUUUCCCGAGGUGUUUGGGCCAGGAUUGGGACUUUUGGGAGGCUUUGGAAGGUGGGGUGGUCGGAUGGAUGGUGGGAAGGCAUCAUCGGGGUUGGCGUUCUCUCUGAUUCCCUUUUCCUUUUUCUUUUUCUUCUUUUUGCAAGCAUGUUGAAUAGGUUGUUGCUUUUUUACGGUUACCUAGGCAUGGAUGAAGACAGAGUUAAGCGGGCAAACACGCAUACACACGAACACAUACGUUCGAAUGGUCCUUUUUUUAUUUUUUCAUUCACUACGUUCCUCCCUUUUGUGAUGAUGAUGACGAUGACGAUGCAAAAGUGUGUGCGGACAAGCGAUGAGGUAGUAGGAAAAGGGACAUGAGAUGAAGAUCCAAAUGAUGAACAAGAUAUAAUGACCUUCCUUGGCUGGAUACAUGGGAUGAAAGAGGGCAAAGAAUUUCUGGGAAAGAGUUACGUUUCGGGAGAGAAGCAAGGGUAAGGGACAUGAAGAGAGCCCAGACAAGGGGUCUGCACAGCAGACAGCUGUAAGGAAUUUUACGUACCUGCUUCUGUUCUCUGAAGCAAUGAAAAUAUUGGCAUGAACAGACGAAAGUAUGACACGGUCAAAACAUACCAAUACUUU